AAAGAAAAAAAGCCUAAAUCACGGAAGAGAUUCUGCUGUCCUACUAGUUUGGCAAGUUCUCUGGGCUCAAAGCGGCGCAGAAAGGCGGAGAAGCGGGCAGAAACUCAAAUUUGCGCACAUUUCUACACUUCUCUUGUCCCGCACACAGUUUACGAGAGAGGAGUCAUGGAGGCUGCCAUUCAGACCCUGGUGAAGGUCUUCCUGAAGUCGGGCAAAGGAAAGGAGAGUCUAGGAAAGAAAGAAUUCCAGAACCUCGUCAAGUCCCAGCUCUCCAACAUCCUUUCGGACACAGAAAGCAAGGAGGCCGUCAACAACAUGGGCCAGGGGCUGGAUGCCGACCAGGACGGCAAGGUUGGUUUUGAGGAGUACAUGAAGCUGGUUGGCUACCUGGCGGUCUCGCUCAGCGAGCAGCGUGGCCUCGCCAAAGAGGAGCCUGCCCAAAACACUGCGUCCGCACAAGUGGAACAAAGCGCCCUGGACAAAGAGGAGGGGAAGCUAGAGGCAAAUGCAGGGCCAAAGGAGGAGGUGAAGCCAGAGGCAAGUGGAGGGGCAAAGCCAGAAGCAACUCCUGAAGUAAAGGUAGAAGCAAAUGCAGACCCGAAGGUGGAAGUAAAGGUAGACGCAAAUGCAGACCCGAAGGUGGAAGUAAAGGUAGAUGCAAAUGCAGACCCGAAGGUAGAAGUAAAGGCAGAAGCGAGUGCAGACCCAAAAGUAGAAGCAAAGGCAGAGGGGGCGACGGAGGAUGAGGCAGCAAAGGAGGAGGAGAAGCCAGGGGCGGCGGUUGCAGCGGCAGUGGCGGCGGCAGCAGAUGCUGCGGCAGCAACGGGAGUGGAGGUGUCCGUGAAAGAAGGGGAGAAGGUGGAGGAUGCUGCAGACAAGCUGGUUGCAGCUGCAGAGGAAGUGGAGAAGAAGACAGAGGAGGCGACCUCAUAGGGGACAAUCCAUUCCUUCAAAAAAAAAAAAAAAUCACACUAUGCAUUUAACACUACACAAAACACA